AUAUGGGGUACACAUAUUAUCGCCCCCAAAAUCUCCAACUUAGCGUUGACGCCACUUGAGCGCUUGCUCACCGGUGUCACGCCACCAAAUGGGCCGGGGCGCAAUGCACAUUGAAGGCGUCGGCGUGUCGAGCCGCUGCACGAAGGCAAGGCGAUAGCCUUGCAGGGUGGGGUGAUCAUUCAGCAUGCUUCACCGGUUUUACUGCGUAGAGCGCGUGCAACGUUGGGAUAGACAACCUGGAGUUACGCUUUGUCGCGCCAGCAUGUAUACCCACGAUGCCUUCUCGCCCGCGCUCUAUUGGAUCGCGGUCAGACGACGAACAGAGCAAUGCGCCGCCGCCGCCGCCACCUAGUAACAAUCGUGCUUUUAUCCUAGGACGUCUGCGUCCGCCACCACGACCACCGACGAAAGACUGCCAGAAACCGCCGCAAGAAGUGAUCAAUGACUUCUGGUCGGGUUUCAAAUCGGCAUGGCCUGGCAAGAUAUCCUCGGUGCUGCCCGACAACUACCGUGCGAAGCGUCUGCGACAGCGCCCAGACGCCGAUGAAGGAAGUCAUAAUGCGGUCGAGAGCUAUGAAGAAGCCGCACGUAUAUGUCGGCAGAAGGUUGACAAGAUUGUCAAGGAGUGUCGCCGUGUAAAUCAGAAGUACCGUGAUCCUCACUUCGACAUCGAGCAAGACUUUUACCAAGCCACCUUUCCGGACUGUCUGCGAGGUCUGGUUGCAAUGAAGGACGACAAAAAGCUCGAGCCCAAGAGCGUCAAGCGCGUCAAUGAGAUCUUCGAGAAUCCACGCUUUUAUAUCGCCGGGCCUAGUGCCAACGACGUGCGGCAAGGCCGGAACGGUGAUUGCUGGCUCAUGUCUGCUCUUGGGACGAUCAGCAACAGCCAAGGCUUGAUUGAGAAGAUCUGUGUUGCGAGGAAUGAGGAAGUCGGGGUGUAUGGCUUCGUUUUCCAUCGAGAUGGCACGUGGUACUCCGAAGUCGUUGACGACAAGCUGUAUUUGAUGAACGAGGACUUCUACGAUCGGCAGGAUCGUAACCGCAGCGACGGCAUCGCCAAUUGGAUCUCUGUGCAGAAUCCGAAAAACGUAGAAAAGGAAUACCAGAAGCGCUUUCAGACAGGUAGCAAGGCGCUGUACUUUGCUCAAUGUAGUGAUCCCAACGAGACGUGGUUACCAUUAUUGGAGAAAGCUUUUGCGAAAGCACAUGGCGACUACCUUGCCGUAGAAGGUGGCUUCGUGGGCGAGGCUAUCGAAGACUUGACUGGUGGCGUCACCAGCGAGCUCCACGCUACAGACAUACUGAGCCGUGAGGACUUCUGGGAAAACGAGCUCUCAAAGGUCAAUAGACAAUUUCUUUUUGGUUGUGGUCAAUCGCGUGGGUUCGAUGGCGACCGGAGGGGCAUCCAGCACCGACAUGCUUACUCUGUGAUGGAGGCCAGAGAAGUCGACGGCAAGAGGCUUGUGAAGCUAAGGAAUCCAUGGGGCAACACGGAAUGGAAAGGCGCCUGGUCAGAUGGAAGCGAAGAGUGGAACUCGCAUUGGCUUGAUAAGCUAGGACACAAAUUCAGCGACGAUGGCGUCUUUUGGAUAUCAUACGAAGAUCUGCUUGACAAUUACCAGCAUUUUGACCGGACGAGGCUGUUCGAUCAGUCGUGGCAGGUCACGCAGCAGUGGAUUAGCUUGUCCAUACCGUGGAGCAUUGAUUAUCACGAUACACAUUUCGAAUUCGACAUUGCCGAGGAGGGACAAGUGGUGGUAGUCUUGAGUCAGCUGGACGACCGGUACUUUGUCGGACUAGAAGGCCAGUACACCUAUACGCUUUCUUUCCGUUUGCACAAGAAAGGAGAUCCGGACUACCUGGUGCGGAGCCCUAGCUCGUACGACAUGUAUCGGUCCGUGAGCACUGAGGUUGUGCUGCAGCCCGGAACGUAUAUUGUAAUGAUGAAGGUCACAGGCACGUUCAUACCCAGUAAGUUCAAGACCGAAGACGUGGUCAGAACCAUGAGCCACGGCAGAAGAGAGAAACUGUUGGCCAUUGGAUUAAGCUACGAUCUCGCGCAUGCCAAGGCGCAGGUCGUUGAGCAUGACAAACUGGUGGCGGAGCGAGAGAACGAAAAGCGAAGAGCAGAGAGGAAAGAGAAAGCCAAAGCGAACAGGGAGACCAUACGCAAAGCCCGCAAGAAGCAUGAACUCAUAGACAAGAAGCGGAUGCAGCGGGUUGAGGCAAAGCGCCGGGCCCAAGAGGCUGAGAGAGCCAAAGAGCGUAAAAGGGACCAGCGCGAAGGUGACGGCGCCGACGCUGACGACGAGGCGGGAGAGACGGAAGUCAAUCGUGGUUCCUCUACAAUCACUGAUGUGGUGACGUCCGUUUCGAACUCCAAGACGAAGCAGGACGCUACGGAGUCGGUUUCAGAUACAGAGGCGGAGAAGACCAAGGCCAACAGGGAUCCUAGUGCCGAAGCCAGCACGUUCGAGAUCAAGGAGACGCCUGCAACCCCUGCGUAUGCUGAUGGCGAACAGCCUCCGUCCAAUGAGCCAGCCAAGUCACGGAUAGGAGAUGAUGCACCUUCUCCAGAGCUUUUAGCACGCACUGAUUCUAUGGCCCGUGACGAAGGAAGGGACAUUCUAAGACCGCUUGCAAAGCCUACAAAAUCAGUUUCCAUCGCGCCUUUCCCAUCAGAGCCACCUUCACGCACCCAAUCAUGGAGGACUAUGCCCGACUCACUGGGAUCCCUUCCACGCAUGCAAGAACCACUUCCCAUGCGAGAAGCGCCUUCUAGACGGUCUACGGGGGUUUGCGACCCUUUGGCGGGAAUGUAUGGCAUACCACCGGCGCCACCACCGAGUGACUGGUUGCCACCGCCACCCCAAUCAAACUACUUACCGGAACGGCGAAACACCUUUGAUGCGAACUAUGGGCCUCCGGGCAUAGAGUUUGACGAUGCCGAUUUUAGCUGGGAUUCGGAAUUGGACGCGCCUAUCCACAGUGACGACGAGCGCGAGGCGGCAAGGAAGAUUGCGAGGCCUGACCUAAUCAUCAUUGGCGAGGACGACAAUGAUCAAUUUGCGGGCGAGCCGUGGAAUGCGGUCUGUGUGGUCGGUCUGAGGGUCUACGCCAAAGCGGAGAAUAAGAUCGAGGUUCGAGUCGCUACUGCCAGCGGCCAAAACACGGACGGUGAAGGGACCAACGCGGAGAAGGAUCUCGAUCGCGAUGAUCCAGCCGUAGACCUUGCAGAGGGCACAAUAUCUGAUCGUGAGCAGGUGCAGAAAGAUAGCUUGGCAGAUACCGAGCCCACUCCGGUAGCAACAUUGGGGGGAGGUGACACAACACAACCGGACCAAGUGGCAUUGUCGAGGGUGGAGAGAACACGAGGUGGAGACGAGCCUGUCCCUAACCAGGCCGAACAACGUCAGGUUGAGAGGGAUCAGUAACGGAUGAGUUGUAGAUUUAUGCUUGGUAUGCCUUUGACAACGCUUGCGCAUAGUCAAACUCCGUCCCGCUAGCGUCCAUUAAUGAUCUCAGGAUCAUAGUUGAUUGGCC